CCAUCUCGAAACAGCUAUCCAAUCCAACCACUUUCCAUCUAGUCAUCUUGCAUCAUGUCUGUCGCUAACGGAGGAGCUCUCGCGACCACAUCGGGCGGCAUGAAGCCCGUUCAAAUCGCCCAGGUCAAGGCCAACUCGCGCGAAAACCGCACCGCUGCACACUCGCACAUCAAAGGCUUGGGCUUGCGCUCAGAUGGCCGCGCAGAUACGAACGCUCAGGGCUUUAUCGGCCAAGUCGCUGCCAGAGAGGCUGCAGGCGUCGUCGUCGACUUGAUCAGAGCAAAGAAGAUGGCUGGUCGUGCUGUCCUUCUCGCCGGAGGUCCUGGAACCGGAAAGACUGCCCUCGCAUUGGCCGUAUCACAAGAGCUUGGAACAAAGGUGCCCUUCUGCCCCAUCGUCGCCAGUGAGGUCUACAGCACAGAGGUCAAGAAGACGGAAGCCUUGAUGGAGAACUUCCGCCGCGCCAUUGGUCUGCGCGUACACGAGACAAAAGAGGUUUACGAGGGCGAGGUCACAGAGUUGACUCCUGAGGAGGCCGAGAACCCGCUCGGUGGCUACGGUCGUACUAUCUCACACUUGGUCAUCACCCUCCGCUCUGCCCGUGGUACCAAGAAGCUACGUCUGGAUCCCAGCAUCUACGAGGCUAUCCAAAAGGAACGCGUCCGCGUCGGAGAUGUCAUCUACAUUGAAGCCAACACUGGUGCCGUCAAGCGUGUCGGUCGCAGUGAUGCCUUUGCAACCGAGUUCGAUCUGGAAGCCGAGGAAUACGUCCCAGUGCCCAAGGGUGAGGUGCACAAGAAGAAGCAAGUCGUCCAGGAUGUCACCCUUCACGAUCUGGACAUCGCCAACGCUCGCCCUCAAGGUGGUCAGGAUGUCAUGAGCAUGAUGGGUCAAUUGAUGAAGCCUCGCAAGACCGAAAUCACCGACAAGCUGCGCGCCGAGAUCAACAAGGUCGUCAACAAGUACAUCGAUCAAGGUGUCGCAGAACUCGUGCCCGGUGUGCUGUUCAUCGACGAAGUACACAUGCUCGACCUGGAAUGUUUCACCUACCUCAACCGCGCCCUCGAAUCCUCAAUUUCUCCCAUCGUCAUCCUCGCCUCCAACCGUGGCUCAACCACCAUUCGUGGAACAGACAACCUCGUCUCAGCCCACGGCAUUCCCCCAGAUCUUCUCAACCGCCUCUUGAUCAUUCCUACCCACCCCUACUCCGCCAACGAGAUUCGCAGCAUUGUCGCAACCCGCGCCCGUCUCGAAUACAGCAGUGCCGCACCGCCAUCCCUGCAAGCCGACAAACCUGGCGCCGCUCAAGGACUUGUCCAGACCACCCAGCUCGCAGACGAAUCUCUGGAUCUCCUGACCAAGCACGGCGUACGCGUAAGUCUACGCUACGCCAUCCAACUCCUCGCGCCCUCGGCCAUUCUCUCGCGAUGCAGAGGCUCCGACAACAACAUCGUCACAGCACAAGAUGUCAACGAGGCAGUGGAUCUGUUCUGGGAUGCCGGUCGCAGUGCCAGUGUGUUGAGAGAACAAGGCACCAGCACCGGUUUCAUUUCAUGAUGCAGUUGCGACGUCUGAGCAUAUAAGCGUGUGGGUUAUUAACGACGAUAAAGUUUUUGAGGUUCACGGGGCAGCAGGUGUUUUUUCUGGCGUAGAUUCAUAAGGGUGCGGCUUAAGGGGGA